AUGCUUUUCGAACUCUGCACGCCGUACCAUGCAUCUUCCCCACCUUCCCUCCCCCCCUGGGAGCCCAAGUCACACAGCGCUUGCUUGAGCCGCUUGCAUAGAGCAGAGUCGCUAGUGGGUUGGGGUAGGUGCUACGCCUUUUCUGCUAUCCUCUCUCCUCACUGUGUUCUCACCGCAUUCCCUCCGACCCUCACUCCUGUGCAGGCCUCAUCGCGAGCAGCAGUGGCAGACGGACGGACGCCUCAUCGCGAGCAGCAGUGGCAGGCGGACGGACGUGGGGCAGCAUCAGCGUUCUCCUCAUGCCUCAAGCCACUGGCGGCAGCAGACAACACCUGGCCUCAUCGCGAGCAGCAGUGGCAGACGGACGGGUGUGGGGCAGCAUCAGCGUUCUCCUCAUGCCUCGAGCCACUGGCGGCAGCAGACAACACCCGGCCUCAUCGCGAGCAGCAGUGGCAGGCGGACGGACGUGGGGCAGCAUCAGCGUUCUCCUCAUGCCUCAAGCCACUGGCGGCAGCAGACAACACCUGGCCUCAUCGCGAGCAGCAGUGGCAGGCGGACGGGCGUGGGGCAGCAUCAGCGUUCUCCUCAUGCCUCAAGCCACUGGCGGCAGCAGACAACACCCGGAGCUCAAGAGCAGCGCUGCUGGUCGCCUGA